CUGUGACGUCACAUUUCCGCGCCACGGUGAAUCAUGAUGGCGACUGCUCAGCCCACUCAAGAGAAAGAAAAUGAAGAUUGGUCUUUAUUACCUUUGGUUCACGAUAUUAUAAAAUGCAUGGACAAAGAUAGCCAGGAUGUCCACCAAGAACUGACCAAGCUAAAGUCUAAGAUCCAGGAGGCACGGGAGCAGAUCUCCAACAUGCCCGGUAUCGAGUGCAGCCCACAGGAGCAGCAGCAGCAGCUCUGCACGCUACGGGAGCAAGUGCGCACAAAGAACCAACUACUGCACAAGUAUAAAGGUCUAUGUAUGUUUGAUGUGCCCAAAGCAUCAUGAUGUACAGAUGUACUCAAAAGACUGUGGCUCACAAGAUCUACGCAACAUCCUUGUCAGUUUGAUUCAAGAACUGGAUAAUUGCCUUGUGGAAAUCUAACAAAGCCAGCGUUGAAUUUCGUGACUCAUCUUGGAUUUUUGUUCAGAUGCCAUGAUGCUACUGUAACCCAGAUGUGUCUCCUGUCAUUUCUGGAUAAUGGACUUAAUGCUUUCUAGUAAAGAAGAGACAAAACACAUUUUCCAAACACAUUUUUGGAAGUGACCUUGGACUUGACUCUGAUAUUGAAGGACUCAACCAAAUAUUCAGUCUCUAUGUCAGCUGCUAAGACUGACACAGUAUCCUCAUAUCCAAACAGGGACUAAAAAUAGCAUAGGUUUGAAAAGUAUGGAUAUUAAAAUUUCUUGAUAGGACAUAGUUUAUGUUUGUAAAAGAUGUUUUUCUCACAGAAAUUUCAUUUUAUUGUUGUCUAACCUUGUACAGGAUUUUGUAAUAAAUGUUGGUUUCCAUUUUA